UUCGAUACAUCCUCAUCGGACCGGUUUCGGCUCCACUGGCUUCGAAACGUUUCUUCCCGCCAGCUGGACCCGUUUUAUAGUUGAAUCCAAUGGUUCGCUAGUUAUGUGGAGGAAAAGUAGAAAGUUAGCUAACACCGGUACCCAUACACUUGGAAUCGAAAAGGAAUGUGAGAAACAAGACAAGCAGAGUCUCGGAGUACGACGUUCGAUCGAGAAGAAGUUUGAAAAGUUAUGUGGUUUCCGAUUGGACGAUUUGUCGUCGUUUGACAAAUUUACUGUGUUGUUAUACCGUCCGAGCGAUCCAGCCAGUCUAGGAAUCGUCAGAGCACUUUUUGGUUUGUGCAUGGUAUUGGACGUCGUGGAAGAGAGAGGAUUGGCAGACGUCGAUAUAAAAUGGGGAGACCCUCUGGAUUGUCAUUUUCCAUUGAUUCAUGGAAUGAAACCUCCGCCACUGGCAUGGAUCAUACUAAUUUACACCAUAAUGUGGAUGGGUGCGUUUGGAAUUAUGCUGGGCUCGCGCUUCAAACUCGCUUGCGCCUGUUUCGUAGUUCCUUACUGGUACAUCUUCCUACUGGAUAAAAGCUACUGGAAUAAUCACACGUAUCUCUACGGGAUCGUUGCGACUCUCCUCUGGAGUACGGAGGCAAACAAGUACUUUGCGUUUGACGCUGCAAAAGCAAAAGAUUGUACAAGUUCCGUGCCACUAUGGAAUUACUUCAUCAUGAAGUUUCAAUUCUUCGCGCUGUAUUUUUUAGCUGGCUUGAAAAAGUCCAGCGCGGAAUGGCUGUCAGGUUAUGCCAUGACGAAUCUAUCGAGACACUGGGUUUUUAGUCCGUUCAAAUUAUUCUUAACCGCCGAGCAAACUGAUUUCUUCGUUGUCCAUUGGUUUGGAUUUAUCUUCGACCUGACGGUUGGAUUUUGGAUGUUGUUUGACAGAACUCGCAUUCCUGCCAUGUUCUUCUGCACUGCUUUUCAUUUAAUGAAUUCGCGACUGUUUAGCAUAGGAAUGUUUCCAUACGUGUGUCUCGCGACAAUGCCCCUCUUCUGCAAUGCAGAUUGGCCGCGAAGGAUCAAUUCCAAUGUAAAGCGCAACUAUACUCCACUUUCCUCCCAAAAUCAAGACACGAGUCGCUACGAUGAACCUCCGACAAAAUCUAACGAUAUUCGCGAAGAAACGACCGCCCUGAUCGCCUCUGAAAAAUCAAACGACAAGGUUUCGAAUCACGAAACGAUUGAAACUUUGCCCAGGGAAUUGAACACUGAGAUAUCUAUCGAAUCUACCAAAGUAAAAAAUCAACAAGACACGAUGGCGGCGCCAAGGCACAAAACGAAGAUCAGAAUUGUUUACAAAGGCGUAAAAGGAACUCGUCUCAAGUCGACAGGUGCGACGAAGAAGCAAAAACUUGUAGUAUCUCUAUUACUCUUUCACGUGGUUUUACAAUUUUUUCUUCCGUACUCUCAUUUCAUUACGAAGGGGUACAACAAUUGGGUGCCAGGACUGUAUGGUUAUUCUUGGGACAUGAUGGUCCAUGCUUGGGACACCAUACUCGUCGUGAUCAAAGUUCACGAUAACGUGAGCAACGAGGAUCGUUACUUGGAUCCCAAAGCGUGGGUGCAAACCGAUCGAUGGGAGAAACACGGUGACAUGGCCAGACAAUACGCUUUCUGUCUAAAGGAUAAUUUAAUCGAACAAGAGAAACAUAUUUUCAAACGUGAUCUUCAAUAUCAACGUAGAACGAAGUGGACGCGUUUGUCUACGAACUUGAGCAUCUACAUCGAUGUUUGGUGUUCACUGAACGGAAGAUUUCAGCAGAGAAUGUUUGAUCCGAAUGUUGACUUAUUAACAGUCGACUGGCAUCCGUUUAAACCUAUUUCGUUCUUGAUGCCUCUUCUCUCGCAAUAUAAUUCAUAUAGAUACAAGUUGGAAGAAAUUCAACAACACGUUUACACGUGGUCAAAUGACACCGACGUCCUCUUUGUUGCUGAUUUCCCUGGCAUGUACCUGGACAAUUACAUCGCUAAAAUUUUUACAAACGUAUCUUUGACUGUGCUCGAAGGUGAGGUAACGUACAGCGACGAAGAAGAGACGAAAGGUGUUAUUCUUUCGAAAGAAUCGUCGAUCCCGAUAAAGACGGGUCAAUUUCAUAGAGUGAAGACGACAAGCGCUUAUCCAGCUUGUUACAUGUACACUUACACCAACAGAGACAAGAAGGAAUCGGACACAGAGGGAGAAAUCGAAGAUACACCGAGGGAGCCUUUUUCAAUCAGAAAGGAAAUUACUUACAUGAUCGAAGCCUGGUUGCGAGCUUUGAAUCACAUUGCAAAUGCGUUCUUCAACUUAGUUUACAACGUUCCGAUGGUGCGGAGAGUAAACAUCAAUAAAUAA